AUGGAUGCAAAGUUUCAUGCCUUUGUUUUUAUAACCGUGGUCUUUUUAUGUUUUCCGGGCCUUCAUAUUGUCAGUAAGUAAAACUCACUUAUUUUAAAAACUUUGAUUCCCAAAUGAUCAUCAUUAAUGAUAACUUUAUCAUUUCCCUUUUUGUCUCUCAAUGAUUUUCUUUCGGACACGCAUGACCGAGUUAAGUUCCGUUUGGAAUGGAGCCUGGAGCAAAAGAAAGCAGGUCUCCAAAACAACACUCUAGAGAAGAAUCUCUCAAUUGGGACACUGUACCUAAAAAGACCCUUCCAUUAAAGGGAAACAAACAUUUGGUCCCAACUGAGUCGAAUACCCCUCAAAAUUUGUUACAGUAACCUUGACCGAAGAGACGACUCUGCUCCCAGGACGCUUUUUGUUGAAGUUCUGCUGUAUUUCGAUAUGUAAAUUAGAGCGGAUAGACACCUGUACACUUUAAAUUCAUCUAGCGCUGGGGAGAAUUCUCACUAAUUAGAGAAAUGUGUGCACGGUGGAAGUUUCCGUUUGCGUGCGAACUUUAAAAGGUUCACCGUUCAUUAAUAUCUUAAUUUUUGCCACAGAAUGUCUAACGAGUAACGCGUCAUCUCCGCCAUCUGCCAUGCAAACAGGUUCGACAGGGCUUCCCCGGACGACUGCUAUGUCUACACCCUUACUGCACCCUCUUCUACAACCAAAUCCCAAAGCCUCGUUGCCAAUCUCAAGCUCUACAAUUCAACCAACGCGGCCUACUGAAUCUACGAUAUUUAGCACAUCCUGCUCAGCGGAUGUUAAAAUGAUCAAUCCAGCUCAUGCACAGCUGUUCUCAGGGGCCACUCCGUCCAUUUUGAAGCCAACUGUGCCUCAUCCGCCUAGCUUUGAGUCUGCUUGUUACCACGUCGCGAAAAACGUUUACGUCUAAGGGUACAAAGCUAGAAGCAGGACAUAAAUACUUUGAUAGCCAGGGUUUUAGUACCGAAAGGAGAACACCUAGUCUCGAAAUAUUUUACUUCAUCAAAAAAAUUUGCAUACAUGUUUAUACAUGUAUGAUGUUAAUGCAAUUCACGACAAUCUUAGUACAUCAAAAUUGAUCACAUAUGCUGGUUUCUUUCGCUCUGAAAAUAACUUUGCGAUUUGAGGGAAAAUACUUAUAUCAUAUCUUAUAUUUUUAUUUGUUUGUUUUUUUCCCGGUCUUUCUACGACAAUGUCAAAGAAAAUAACGUCUCAUUCAUCUAUAAGUUCGCCUCCAUACAAACGCUUUGUUGUGGUUUGGGCGGUUCCCUCUAAUUUCGCAUGGUACUGUUAUGAAGUAUUCAGUUAAUUAACAAUAAAGUAAAAAACAAUAAAGUUAGUAAGUCAGUUCAGCAUGAUACAUAUUUAGAAUUUAACGUAUGAAUUCGAAUUCCGACUUUAUUUAGGUUUGAGCUGUCGUGAUGAGUUUCCGAAUUGUGAGAGCCUUUUCUAACUUCCUCAAGUGGACGUGCUUGGUUUGUUUACUGACCUUGCUUUGGACCCACAUAAAAGUUCUUGUUUUAACUAACGUAGUCAGAAGUUGAUCGAAAGCAUUAUGAAUGAGUUCUUUGUUCUUCAGUUCAAAGGUCCCGUGAAAUUGUUGGGUUUAACGUUCUCAGUAUCAACAAAUGUUUGAUCUCCCGAUAUCAGCCAGUUGAUAUGCCCACUCGAGUCUGUCAGUAGUGAAUGUAUGAGCAUGUUCUUUAUAGUUUGCGUAGAAGAGAGUGGACAGUAGAGAGAAAAAAGGAGUAGAGAGAAUAGGAGAAGAAAAGACUCGAAGAAUGUAGACAGUGCGCGGUAGAGUAGAGUCAAAAUUCUGCAGUUUAAGAAGAAGUAUUCAGUGAGAAUCAAAGUGUGAGAGAUUAGCCAGAGUUACACAUAAUAAAAUAAGCUUGGAUGUAAGUGGAAUUGUGUACUCGAGUACCGAGUGAUUAAAGAAAGCAGAAAAAUAUCACAAAGUUCGCCGGGCAAAGCGUGCUUGAUAGUUAGCUUUCCCCGACAUUUAAUAGUGUCACAUACUUGGUGAAGGAUUUAUUCGUAACAGUUGUCUCUUGUGGUGGCAUUGUCAGAGUUUUAAACAAGUUUUUAGAAAAGUCAGG